AUGGAUGCCUCAGCUGCAGACGCCAUCGGCGCCGCGCUUCCUGCGACGGUGAUCCAUAACCGCCACCUCCCGCGGCGACAGGGGCGCAUCUUCCGCCGCUCCUUCAACCACACCAUCCGCGGCAACGCGAAGCGCCUCGCCCAGGCCAACGAUCCUCACCUCGUCUACGAGACCCUUGGUGUUCCCUCCGUCUUCGAGCAGGAGCCUCUCCCCAGCGCCCGCAACGGCACUCUCAGAGUCCAUCUCGAAAGCGAUUUGAGAAAGCAGUACGGCGCCGCGCGGCCACUGCCCCGCCAGCGCUGUCGGAACAACCCCACCAACCGCGGCCGCCUAUGCGGCCAAGACGAGGACGAGGGCCGGGAUCUUGCCCAUAGUGAGAUCCCGUUGCCCUCGGAUCGCUUCCGCCUUGUCAGGCGACCCACGCUCGAGCGAGAGGAGGCCUUCCGCGAUGCCAGCACUGCCAAGGGCAAGGUUCGUGUCCGACGAGACCCCACCGCCCGCGACAACGACGACGAGCAGGUCGCCGAGCUGCAUCGCAUGGGUUUGCUCUAUGAUGACAGUGACCGCCGCGCCGUCGGCGAGGAUACCGUCUUCAACCUCAACAGCAUCCAGCACGAGCAGCCAGUCUACUCCAUCCGCCCGGCCAAGCGCGCCCGCAAGGGCACAAAGGCCGGCUACAACCUCCACCUGGAUCUCUCAUUCUCCGACCUUGGCGAUGACACCGCCAUCGCCCAGUUCUUCCCCUCCAAUGAUGACAACAACUAUCACUUGGAGACGUCCGGCGACGAGGACAUUCAACAUUCGCCUCGACAGUCAUAUCCGCCCCUCCGGGUCGUCUACGAGCUCGCCGGCUCCGGACAGCCCCCUUCCUUCGACGUCGACACGUCGCAGCCCCCCGACUUGGUCACCGACACUCUUUCCGACUACGACUGCUUCUCUGAGAGCGAUCUCGACGACACGCCCUCCCAGCGUGAGAUGCGCCUGAGCGCCGUGGACGGCCACAGCCACCCCAACGCCUCUCCGGACGAGACGUGGGUCGUGCUGGGUGACGACUCGUAG